UGAAGAAAGGAUUCUCUAAUUUCUAAAAUGGCAUAUAUGCCAUUCUAACUGAACUUGAACGGCAUGUAAACCUGCCACUGGUGAAGGUGGCAGGUGCUUGAGAGAUGCCUCAGCAGUUAAGAGCCUGGACUGUUCUUCCAGAGGGCCUGAGUAAGUGGCUCUCAAGAGCGGGAUUCCAGUUCCAGGGUAUGUAAUGCCUGUGGCCUCGGCUGGAACCUGCGUGCCUCUGCACAUACCCACAUCCAUGGAGUUAAAAAUCGUAAGCAAAGGCCAGAUGUUUGCAACGCUUACUAACACGUUGCACCUAAUAUUUCUCAUGAGGUUAAACCAAAACCAGAUUGGAUUUUGAAAGAGCUAUGCCUGAGGCAGUUUUGGCUUUCUAGCUACAAUACUUUUUUCUCCACAGCACGAUGUUCUAGUCAAAGUCAGUAUCUUUAAUAACAGAUGGGACUUCUUGGAGAACUUUAGUUUAGUGGCUCCUGAUAGUUUCCACAGGCUGUUUUUGCUAAACUCCAAGAAAGUGGUAGAUUGCUGAUUCCGAAGCACAGAAGCACACUUACAGCCUACUUAUUACCUAACGCUUAAGGGAAGCACGUUUAUUAGAAAAGGGGUUGGCUGUUCAACAAGCCCUAGCUCCCGGGUCCUUGUGGUGGUGUACAGAGCCAGGGACUAGAGGAUGUAUAGUCUAGGCUAACACCAGCCAGUCAUUGGGGCGGAGGGUCUGCCCUAACGGGGUGAGUCAUUCCAGGCCACCUCGGCCUGGAGCUGCGCCCAGCCGACCAGCCGGGGUCAUCCCAGCGGGCGGGCGGAGGCGGAGACGGAGGCUGAGCGGCUGGGAAGCCGGUGCUCCCGGCCGCGUCGCGCGGAGCCGGCGGCCAUGGCUGGAAGCGAGCCCCGCGGAGCCGGCUCAUCGCCGCCCGCCAGCGACUGGGGCCGCCUGGAGGCCGCCAUCCUGAGCGGCUGGAGGACCUUCUGGCAUUCGGUGGGCAAGGAGCGGGCGACGCCGACAACCUCCCGGAAGGAGGCGGCGGAGGAGACGAGCGCGCUGACGCGGCUGCCGAUUGAUGUACAGCUGUAUAUUUUGUCAUUUCUUUCACCCCACGAUCUGUGCCAGUUGGGAAGUACAGAUCAUUACUGGAACAAAACUGUAAGAGACCCAAUUCUCUGGAGAUACUUUCUGUUUCGGGAUCUCCCUUCUUGGUCUUCUGUUGAUUGGAAGUCACUUCCAGAUCUAGAGAUCUUAAAAAAGCCCAUAUCUGAAGUCACCGACAGCACAUGUUUUGAUUACAUGGAGGUUUAUAAAAUGUGCUGUCCAUAUACAAGAAGAGCCUUGAAAGCCAGCCGUCCUAGGUAUGGAGCGGUUACCUCUUUCUUACAGUCACUGAUCAUUCAGAAUGAACCCCGGUUUGCUAUGUUUGGACCAGGUUUGGAAGAACUGGACACAUCCUUGGUGUUGAGUUUGAUGUCUUCUGAGGACCUUUGCCCAACUGCUGGUUUACCUCAUAGACAGAUUGAUGGUAUUGGAUCUGGAGUCAAUUUCCAGUUGAGCAAUCAGCAUAAAUUCAACAUCCUGAUAUUGUAUUCCACUACCAGAAAGGAAAGAGACAGAGCCAGAGAGGAGCACACGAGCACCGUUAACAAGAUGUUCAGCCUUCAGAGUGAGGGGGACGAGCAACAGGGGAGCCGCUACAGUGUGAUCCCACAGAUUCAGAAAGUGUGUGAAGUCGUAGACGGCUUCAUCUACGUGGCAAAUGCCGAAGCUCAUCGUCGUCAUGAAUGGCAAGAUGAAUUUUCUCGUAUUAUGGCCAUGACAGAUCCAGCUUUUGGAUCUUCAGGAAGACCCAUGUUGGUUUUAUCUUGUAUUUCUCAAGCAGAUGUAAAAAGAAUGCCUUGUUUUUAUUUAGCUCAUGAGCUGCACCUCAGUCUUCUAAACCACCCGUGGAUGGUCCAGGAUACAGAGGCUGAAACUCUGUCUGGUUUUUUGAAUGGCAUUGAGUGGAUUCUUGAAGAAGUAGAAUCUAAGCGUGCAAAAUGAAGUUCCUUUGGGACCAUAGGAAGCCACAGGUCAUGGUGUAUGUGUUUCCUGUCCCCUCUGUUCCUGCCUCUCUGGAGGAGGGCUUUAUCCUGGACAGCUACUACAGCUGGGCUUCUGACACUUUACCAUGAAUCAGUUGUAAGUUUCAAACCUACUGCUUUUCCACAAAAUGAUCUCCCACACUUUUGAUAAUUUUAUAUUUUCUGUCUUUUUUGAAAAUAUUAAAUUCUGCAAAACAAAA